GCAGGGAAACAAUGCCAGAAUGGGGCCCAGCCUUUCUCCCCUGCAGCCGUUGACUAGCCAGGGGUAGAGAGGGGUCUGAGAAGGUGGCCAUGGGCUUUGCCUGGGGCUUCCCAGGUUCUGCCUGCUGCUGAGCGAGUUUCCCCAAAGCUACACAGUUGCAUGGACCGCUGAGGUGAGGAAUCUUCACCAGGAUGGAAAACCAGGAAGGGAUUCAGUGGUUCACAUCGUACAGAGUUCGGGGACCAGGGUGAGCGCCCAGGAGGAAAUUGGGCCCCUCCCUGCCAGGCUUCUCCUUCAUCUGCCCGGGAGCGUGGGGUCCUCCCCGCCUGGAGGGGCCAGCGGUGGGGAGCAGCGCGACCUUGAGUAGGAACGCUGCGGAAAUCCCGGAUUGGCCAGGAAGGGAUCAGGUUACCCUCUGCGCUGUCAACCAAGGGGCUCCCUGUUUGGGACCUCCAGGACGGACCGAGGGGCCCCAGCUGAGUCCGCGGGGAGUGGGAGGGAAGCCAGCGGGGCCGGGAGCUCCCGGGGACCCGCGGGAGAGAGGAGGCCCGGAGGAGGGGCUGGCGGGGCAGGCCGUGGCCGGGGCGGCGCGGGGUGGUGGAGCAGCGCGCGGGGCUGGGGAAAGCGCGUCGCGGGCCCGAGCCCGGCGGCCCUCGGCGGGGCGGGGCGGCGGGGCGCCGGGUGGGCCCGUGCUCCCGGGCGCCGCGGGGACGCGCGCGCGCCCCCGGCCCCGCGCCCCGCCCUCGCGCCCUCGGCGCGCCGCCUCCCAGCGCCAUUCCCCGCGUCCCCUCGCCCCGGCCAUGGAGGGUUUGGUGCCGCGCCCCGCCAAGGGCUACCGGGUGGUGCUGCUCGGCGGCGUGGCGGUGGGCAAGACGGCGCUGGCCACGCAGUUCGCAUGUGGCCGCUUCCCCGAGCGCUGCGAGCCGUCGGUGGAGGAGCUGUUCAGCAAGGUGAUCGAGGUGAACCGGGCCCCCGCGCUGCUGGAGAUCGUGGACACGGUGGGCGCCGAGCACCUCGUCACCCUCAAGGACCUGUACAUCAGGAACAGCGACGGCUUCGUGGUGCUCUACAGCGUGUGCAGCGAGGCCUCGUUCCAGGCCGUGCGGCCGCUGCGGGAGCACAUGGGCCGGCUGCGGGGCCCGCGCGCCGUCCCGCUCGUGUUGGUGGGCACCAAGGUCGACCUGGACGCCGAGCGCCAGGUGCUGACGGCCCAGGGCCGCGCGCUGGCCCGCGAGUGGCGCUGCCCGUUCCUGGAGGUCACGGCCAAGAGCAAAAUGAUGGUGGACCGCGUGUUCACGCAGGUGGUGCGCGAGAUGGAGGCCCUGGCCCCGCCGCCGCCCGAGGCCCCGCGCAUCCCCGCCAACGCCCUGGAGACGUGGCCGGCCGAGAGGUUCAUUGGCUAGCACCGCGCCGCGCCGCGCAGCUCCGCGCCCCGCGCUCAGUGCCUUUUCCCAGACAGCUACAGAACCCGCAAACAGGAGGCCUCGUCUGUAUGCUCACCCCCUCCGUUGACCUCGGACUGUGCUAUGAGAAGAAGCCAAAAACUGCGUGGGUUUUUUUUUUGUUUUGUUUUGUUUUUUUUUUUCUGUACAGAGAACUUACAGCCCUGCUCUUCGAUCGGCUCGUUUCUGGACUCCCGCUCCUUCCCCGUCUAGUUUUUGUAAAUAGCAACUUGUGAGCGUUGAAUUGGAGCGUGCAGGAAAGACAGUGUUCUGCAGCUGCGGGGUGGGUUUCCUUCUCCCUCACAGCCUUGAACCCACCAGUAGGAUCUUCCUCAGCGUGAAUUCCUAAAUAUAGUUAUGACUUGUGCCGCGUUGGUUUGAAAGGGGACACUGUGUGGGGGACAACUGCGCACGCGCACAAAUAGCUCAGCCCCACCUUGUGAUUGAUGUUUAGUUGGUUUCUAUAUCCCCGUGUUGGAAAUAAAACUAGAAGUUGGUAAUUUUUAA